AUGCGCUCGUUGCAACUCGCCGUUUUCUAUCACAUUUCGAGAGCACUUUUCAAAGCCGAUCGUCUCAUGUUCGCUCUGUCAUUUGUUCAUGGAACAAUGCCUAAAAUGUUCCAACCCAAGGUCCUGCUCAUCCAAGCCGUUCGACCGGAUCGCUUAUACUCAGCGAUGCAAAACUUUGUCUUGAAGACGCUGUCGAUCCCUUCUGUCAAUCCACCUCCGUUCGAUCUAUCUGAUAUCCUGCGAGAAAGUUCAAAUCAAGAGCCUGUGUUGCUCAUCCUCGCCGGUGGAGCAGAUCCCAGUCAGGAACUGGAGAAGCUGGCAGCGAACACGAUAGGUUUACAUAAUUAUACAUCGAUCUCAAUGGGUCAGGGUCAAGAACAGGCCACAAUUGAUGCAAUUCGACGUGCUUCCGCCGACGGUCAAUGGCUCUGUCUACAGAACGUUCACCUAAUGCUCAGUAUUAUCCCAGUCAUUCAGAAGGAACUAUCCGCCGUCACCCCACACGAGAAGUUCCGUCUGUGGAUGACAACCGAGGAGGAGAACAAAUUUCCGGCGAUAAUGUUGCAGCGCAGUUUGAAAGUCACCUUUGAACCACCUCCAGAAGCCGAUUGGGAAUUCAUUCGCGGUCUGCUGAUGUAUGUCGUCUACGGCGGACGUAUAGAGAACAUUUUUGACAGUCAAGUGCUUGAGUCAUAUCUUCUUACACUGUUCACACCUGAAAAAGUCACCGGUCGUUCCGGUCAAAUGCUUGCGGAAAGGCGUCGAGCUACUCGCUGUGGACAAUAUCAAGGAAAUACAGCAGUUUAUCACGACGUCAAUACCUUCCGAAGACCAGCCAAACCUCUUUGGUCUCUUCCAAUGAAUAUCCGAUUCUCGUGGCAAUUGACAGAAGCCGAAGACACGAUUGCUAGAAUGCGAAUAGCAGGUAUCGCGUGCCCUUAG